AUGAUCGGAGUACCUUGGACGGGAAUUACGUGUAAAAUUUACGGAUUUUUCGAUGCGUUCAUCGUUUCCAUGAGCGUAAUCUUAGUUGCUCUCGUCGCCAUUAGAACUUAUUUAAAAGUGAUUUUGAAUUUUUAUCUUGACACCGGAAAAUAUGAUCAUAGGCAGGUGGACACUUUGCGUUUUGUUUUUCCUGUAUUGGAUUCGAUUCUUAUGGACCCUCAAAAUAUUGGUGCUGGAGCUCACCGGGGAAAUGUUACAGCAAUAUUAUGUAUCUUUUGUUAUAGCUGUAUAAUUUAUACGAUAACGACUGUGGAAAGACCUGAUGGUAUCGGUAUUAAUGAUGUACAACAAAAAAUUGCCACCAAAAAGAUUUUAGCCUAUACUUUUAAUUUUCUAAUUCAAUGGGUACCUACUUUACCAUUUAUUCUUGGGGUAGCCCGAGGAAAUGAUUCGUUAUGGGUUUAUUAUCUCUUCAUUAUCUCUGUUAACGUUGGAAGCAUAGCAAAUGCCAUACAAUAUAUUUGGCAAGAAGGAUUCAGCAUAUCCGAAAAUCAAAAUCAAAUUAUUUUGGAAUCGUCAAGUAAGAUUUACAUGAAUUCACAAAAGAAUUUUAAAAGAAAAAAUUCAAAGAAAAAAUUUAAUGAAGAAAUUAAUAUUGAAUUAGGAUCUCAUAAUAGUGACAGUACUAGUGGUAUUGGAAUCGAUGGAACUUCACAUAUUUCUGUAAAUAUUAAAAUGAAGGAUUUGGAAAAGGUUAAAUGCGUUGAUAAAAAUUUCAUAAUAAGAGGGAUUUGA